AUCAAAUGAUUCCUGAAAACACACGCCACCUGUUUCGCAAUACCCCCGCCCACUAAAAUCCCCCGACACACACGACGUUACUUAUACACACACACACCCCCUUCACAAACGCAAGCUAGAAAAGCUACUUCUUAGUUCUUACUAUGCUAUUCUUUCUUUCUGCCACCUCUUCUUCUUCAAGCACCCAUAAAAGAGAUCAGAGAUGGAUGGAGUUUCGAAGAUUAAAAUAGUGAAUGGUGUUGCUGGUUAUGUGCUUGAAGAUGUGCCUCAUUUAACCGACUAUAUUCCGCAUCUCCCUACGUAUCCAAAUCAGUUACAAGACAAUCCAGCCUACGCAGGAGUCAAGCAGUACUUUGUUGAUGUGGAUGAUACUGUUGCUCAAAAGAUUGUUGUUCAUAACAACAGUCCAAGAGGGACACACUUUCGACGUGCCGGACCUCGUCAAAAGGUGUAUUUUAAGUCGGGUGACGUGCGCGCGUGUAUAGUAACAUGUGGGGGUUUAUGUCCUGGCCUCAACACAGUGAUCAGGGAAAUUGUGUGUGGCCUUUACCAUAUUUAUGGUGUCACCAAGGUCCUUGGGAUUGAUGGAGGCUACAGGGGUUUCUAUGCCAAGAACACCAUUAAUUUAACUCCUAAGGUAGUUGAUGACAUCCAUAAACGUGGCGGUACAAUCCUGGGGACAUCAAGAGGUGGUCAUGACACAUCAAAGAUAGUUGACAGUAUUCAGGAUCGGGGGAUUAAUCAGGUUUAUAUAAUUGGAGGUGAUGGAACUCAAAAAGGAGCAGCAGUGAUAUAUGAGGAAAUUAGAAGACGAGGCCUCAAUGUUGCAGUUGCUGGAAUUCCCAAGACCAUUGAUAAUGACAUUCCUGUCAUCGACAGGUCCUUUGGUUUUGAUACUGCAGUCGAGGAGGCUCAACGUGCAAUUAAUGCAGCCCAUGUUGAGGCUGGAAGUUUUGAGAAUGGCAUUGGCAUUGUGAAGCUGAUGGGUCGCCACAGUGGUUUCAUUGCAAUGCAUGCAACUCUUGCUAGCCGGGAUGUGGAUUGCUGUUUGAUUCCUGAAUCACCCUUCUAUCUUGAAGGAAAAGGUGGACUGUUUGAAUUCAUUAAACGUCGACUUAAAGAAAAUGGACACAUGGUUAUCGUUGUCGCUGAAGGAGCAGGACAGGAUCUUCUUGCAAAGUACUUGCAAUCUAUGAACCAGCAAGAUGCUUCAGGAAACCAUCUGCUUCAAGAUGUUGGGUUAUGGAUAUCUCAUAAAAUUAAUGAUCAUUUUGCAAGAGUACAGAAGAUGACCAUCACUCUCAAAUAUAUAGAUCCUACAUACAUGAUUCGUGCUGUUCCAGGUAAUGCAUCCGAUAAUGUCUACUGCUACCUCCUUGCUCAAAGUGCAGUUCAUGGAGCAAUGGCUGGAUAUACAGGCUUUACAGUCGGACCUGUCAAUGGUCAACAUUCUUACAUUCCUUUUGAGCGCAUUAAUGAGAGGCAGAACCAGGUUGUGAUUACUGACAGGAUGUGGGCAAGACUCCUUUCUUCAACUAACCAACCAAGCUUCAUAAGCCCCAGAGUUGUUGCCGAAAGCAAGAAAAAUCAGUACAAACCUCCAACCCAGUUAUUGGAUGGUGCCAGAUGUGAGAACAAUCACUAAUGUUGAGAGAUUCCUAGCAUGAUAUCACCAUCAGUCACUUCCAACCAACAUCAUACAAGCUAAACCUCAGGUCACAGGAGUUGUUAUCUUUGGAUUUGCAUCGUAAUAUUUAUUUGUUGUGUGGGCGGAUCUUUUCUUAAACAUGUUCUCUUGGUGGGAAUUUCUCUGGAUAUAUGUCUGAUCAAAUCUUAAGAUUUUUAAAUCAAGUUAUCUUUGCUGUAUAUCUGUUUGCGAUGUUUAUAUUCAGCAGUGGCCACGGGCCCGUGCAGAAACUUUUUAACAGCGUAAAAUAGUGAGAAAAUUAUUUUGCUCAA